AUGCGUGCGCACUUUAGUCAGUACAAGAGUGCUAAGACCUUGUACGACGCUGUAGUUGCACGCUACUCUUCCCCUGCCGCUGCUGCCCUUAGCCACCUCAUACUGCCGUACCUGGGUGUUCCGCCUCCCCCCUCUUGCCCUCUGUUGCCUCUGCUGCUGCGGCCGACCUCGUUGGCCUCGAGUCGGUCGGAGCUGCGCCUGCCCCUAGCGGGAGACGUUGCACCGGCAAGGGCAAGGGGGGCAAGGGCGCUGGAGGAGCUGGCGGGGGCGGCGGAGGUGGAGGGGGAGGCGGUGGAGGGAGUGGGGGUGGUGGUGGGAGUGGUGGAGGGGGUGGAGGUGUCGAUGGCAGCAGUGGAGGCGGGGGUGGCGGCGGCGGUGGCGGUGGGAGCGGAGGAGGCGGAGGAGGUGGAGGAGGCGGAGGUGGCGGCGGCGGCAGUGGAGCUGGUCGCGGCUCUACGCAGAGAGGUGGCCCCGGUGGUGGACAGCGCCAGCAGCAGCAGCGCACUCGUGAGACCCCUUCCCUCCAGCAGCUUCGUGAGUGGUACGCUGGGCGUGAGCGGGUGCGGGGGUCUGCACUCCACCCAGCGCUGCUUCGGCCGCCUGACGGACGCUUGGCGUCACCAGUUCCCUGACGCCACUGAGAUCCCUCGCUGGGGCGAGCUGUCUAGGGCGGGAGUGGCUAUCUUUGAUCUUGACUAUGAUACUAUUCUUGCUGCUAUGUAUGCUGUUUCUACUAGUGAUGAGGGUGACUGUUACCUGUGUGUUCCGUCUGAACUGGGCAUUGAGGCUGCUGCUCUAGGUGCUGGUGAGGCUGCUACGCUAGGUACUAGUGAGUCUGCUCCCUCAGGUGCUGGUGAGUCUGCGCUCUCAGGUACCACGUCGGCUCAGGCCUCCCACACCUUCACCCUUGACUCGGGUGCUUCCCGCUCCUUCUUUCGAGACCGCACCACAAUCACGCCGCUUAGUCGGCCAAAUGCGGUCUCCCUGGCAGACCCCUCUGGUGGUCCUGUCCUUGCCCACUUCUCUACUGUCUUACCGUGUCUGGCAGCCCCCUCUGGCACCCUGUCCGGUCUUUACCUCCCCUCGUUCUCUACGAACUUGGUGAGUGGUGCUGACCAACAGGACGGGGGGGUUCACCAGUUCACUCCUACGAGUGAGCGAGUGACACACUGCACGUGUGCUCGGACGGGCCGCCACUUGGCCAUGUUUACCCGUCGGCCGGGGUCGAGCCUGUACACACUGACUACUGAGUCUCCUUCGGAUGCUGAGUCUGGUGAGGUAGCUGCGUCGGGUCAGGUUUUUGCUGCAGCGUCCAGACGCUUCUUGGGCUGA